CGCCAACCAUCAAAACAAAUUUUCAAACAAAAAAAACCAUUCCUUUGAAGAAUUAACGCACGGAGAGCGCCAUUACAUUUUCAAUAUUUAUUUUCAUAAUUAUCCACAAAAAUGCCGCGCACAAAAGUCUCGAAAAGUUCCAAACGCAAUCGGGAGACAACAAAUCGUGAAGAAAAAGUAAGAGAAUUUGAAAAUUCCCUCGAUGGCUUUCAAAAUACAGUCGACGAUAAAAUACAGGAUAUUUUCACUGCUUACGAUGAUGAAAUCAAAAUGUUGCUACAGCGUACUCCAAGGGCUUUGCUCAAAUUGAAAAUGGUGGAUGUGUUUUCAUUGGAUUUGGAUCGUUUCAGCGAUUGGGAACAACAGAAAUCCAAAAUGUUAAAUGCCACUUUACAAAAUUCCUCUAUAAAACAGUCAACCAGGACGAUAAAUCCCAACGAUGAGGGCUACCUUACAGAGGAUAGUUCAACUGGCGGCAGCAUUGGUUCAGCCAUAGCAAAUCCUGCAUUUUUGAGUACUUCAAAUAUGCUAACACAACCUCUGAUACAACAACAGUCGGCCCGUUUGCGUACCCCAGGACCAUUGAGCUCAGCACGAGCUAGACGUCCUAGACGUAGUCGUUCAGCAUGCGGCAAUUUGGCUCCUAUACCAGCAUCAGCUGUCAAAUUAAAGCCACAAUUAAGUGCUACAGCUGGAGGACAUGGACAUGGUGCUGCAGAACAUCAUUCGCGUAGUAAAAUGCGCACACCAAUGGCCAGUCGCACAAAGGCUCUCAGUGCAGAUCGUACAACUAAAUUUGAUAAUCCAAGUUCACCACAAUCGCCACCCACAUUUUUGCGUUUCCCCAAACCUGGCGAAUUGGCCUUGUCAAAAUGUGGCAGUCCUUUAGUUACACAAAUGUUACCAGAAAACAUUGCUCACUUGAAUAUACCAUUGCGUAAUGGCGUCAUUUCUAUGCGCCCCAAAAAACUUGCCGAUCUACAACCACAUAUUUUAGAAGACCUUGAUCCCACAACUGUGGAUCAGCUAAGAACCUUAAAACUUAACAUUGAUAAAAUUGUAAGUAUGGUGGACAAAGCGGGAUAUUAAUAUGAAGUCAAGCGAGCACCUCUUAAACGAAAGAAGAACUUCUUUUGUAAAACACAACUUUUAGUUUUAAUCAUUACUUUUCUAAAAUAUUUUUUUGGCUAUAAAUUUAAACAAAACUCUAUUUUGUAAUCAUAUACAUCAUACUACCCACCAAUGAUUCAAGCUAUAAUUUACAAGUUAGCUGGAAAAUCUUAUACUAAAACUUUAAAACAAGUAAAAUCCUCUUUACACUUAUUACAACAUUGCCUUUAAUCCUGUUUAAAACUUGUUAUGAAACCAAGAUUUACAGUUGUUUUCCAGCUAAUUAUUUAUUGGCUAAUUAAUGUAUUAUUAUUUUUUUUUUUGCUAUAAUAUUUUGUAAGUUUGUUGGCAAGUACGUACUACUCUCAUCAUUUACCCCUAUAAUCCAUUAUGCUUUUUACAUUACUUACUGUGUGCAAAAGGAGUUAGUUGCCUCCUUUAAAUUCUCUCUACCGACAUGAUUAGACGCUUAAUUAUUUGUUCCUUUAAAGCGAACAUAAAUCUAAAUUAAAUUUUCAUGUCGUUUUAUUCUCUUUUUUUUAAUCUAAUGUAUUUUGUUGACAUCCUUUUUUUUCUUAUUUUACUUUUAUUUUAAUUUUUCUCUUUGUUGGUGUAACUUUAUUUUAAGUUUUUCUUUUAAACAUAUUUUGUAUCCAAAUCACAAAAGAAAAUAGCAAGCAAAUACAUAAAACAAAUAUUUCGAUUUAGUUUUAUAUAAUUAAAUUAAUGUAACGUAAGUUAAGUUUUUUUUUAUUCAAUUUUAUA